UGACCUUAUAACAUGGCAAGAGCGGCCGAGAUUAGUGCGCUGCGGACACCUUGCUUGCUCUAUUCUCGGCGGCGCCUCCGACACAAAGACUCGGACCCACGAUUCGCCACUGCUGCUGCGGUUUGCAUGCACGCGAGCAUUCUUCCUGAAACAUGGGGCUGCUGCAAGUGCAGUUUGCACCUCUCAACACGCCAUUCAUUCGGCGCAUGCAAACACUGGCUGCGGCUGGAUGGAUCAUGACUUUUGUCUUCGGAGGCUUUUUCUUCAGCGUGCUACUUUUUUACAUGAUGAUCUGCACUAGACUCUGGUGGCUCGUCUUCCUCUACAUUCUGUGGAUACUCAUCGAUAAAAACACGUCCAAGAGGGAAGGCCGAAGAAUUGAGUGGGUCAGAGACUGGACAUGGUGGCGACUGUACCGCGCCUACUUUCCUUUGAGUCUGGAGCGAACAGUUGAGCUUCCGAGCGACCGCAAUUAUCUAUUUGCCUGCUACCCUCAUGGUGUGCUGUGUUCGGGUCUUUUUGGAAAUUUUGUCACAAAAGCGCCGGAAUUUGAGAAACUGUUUCCCGGGCUCACCCCCACAGUUCACACCCUGGACGGCAACUUUUCCCACCCCGUCAUCAGAGACCUGAUUCUUUCACUUGGCCUUCGAUCCUCCUCUCGCGAAGCUAUUCUGUACAACUUGUGCAGUGAGAAGAAAGGUCAAGUGUCAGUUCUCGCAGUCGGAGGAGCCGCCGAAGCUUUGAAGUCGAAACCGGGCGUUUAUAAUAUCAUUCUCAAGCCGAGGAAAGGCUUCGUCAAGUGCGCCCUCAUAUCUGGCGCCACGUUGGUGCCUGUUUUCUCAUUUGGUGAGACAGAUCUUUACAAUCAGCUGGACAAUCCAGAAGGCUCCUUGCUACGGAGGGUUCAGGAAAGGCUGAGGAAAAUCAUCGGCAUCGCCCCUGUGGUUUUCCUUGGCCGAGGAAUGUUCCAGUACUCGUUCGGACUCGUCCCGCAGAGGCGAAACGUCACCACAGUAGUUGGGAAGCCCAUUGAGUUGCCAAAAGUGGUCAAUCCUUCCCCCGAAGAGGUCGAAGAGUACCACACAAAAUUCACUGCCGCGCUGAUUGAUCUGUUUGAAUCAAACAAGCACCGCUUAUUGUCCAAUCCUAAUGUUAUGUUAAAGAUAGACUGAAUUCCAAAACACUGAAAGGCUGGGGCACAAUGAACAUCAUUUUAGUUCUUUGUUUUCAUUAGAAUUUAAAACACAAUUUUCAUUGUGUGUGUUUUUUUAAACAAAGGUUUUACGGAUUUAUUACUAUCUAUGAAACAGAAGUUAAUAUUUGAUUGGGUAUUCAAGCAAUACUGUUUUUGUUGCAAUAAUAAUUAUAAUAAUCUCAUUUAUAUUUAUUUGUUCAUUAAGCUGUUAUUGCAAUAAUAUGCAAAUCCCUAUACUUAUUAGCUUUAAAUAAAUGAAGUCGGGGGUUCUAACAAUAAUAUAUCUUCAAAAUGCUGAAGCAAUUUUUUCCACUUUAAUUAUUUUGUUUAUGAAUAAAGAUUAGUAUAAACUUUUAUUAAGUAAUUUUAAGCGAUUUUAAGAGCCAAUGCCAAUGAUACAAAAUAGAGCUCCCUUAGUUUUUGUAUGAUCCAUUAAAUUUCCAUCGCAAUUGCAGGAAAAUAAAAUAAAAAAUGACUGAAAACGCUCACCAUGAAAUUACAUGUUUGACGCACUACUUGUUUUUAUCUGUAAAAUUAGUUACC